CUCGAGACAGUAGGAGAACAGCACAAUGAUCUCUUCCUUGCAACCCUCACGGCCUAGAGUAAGGAACCCUCAAACCACGGUCCUGUCAUCAUCCUUACACAGAACGGGAGCUAAUUAUUCAUAUCAGUACCCUCCUCAGUCUAUUCCCCCAUCUCUAAACCAACAGCCCACACGCUCCCAUUCCUCUACGCCAUCAAAACCCACACCCAUAUACACGCCCCCGGCUCCAAGAACCCAAAUCGAAGCCAUGCUACCCAGUCCAUUACCCACAAGUCCACUACAAGCCAGACAAGUGCUUUUAGAUGCAGCUAAACGACACCCUGUUUUCUUCACAGAUCGGUUAAAGAAGGCGCCUCUGGGCGUCAACACCGGAGGUGGAAGUUGGGUCAGUCCGGUUGCGAUGGGAUAUGUGUUUAAUGAUGGAGCGAGGAGAGCAGAAGGAGGUGUAAAGUUGUAAUUGUGAUUAAGAGGCGAUGGCGCAAGAUAUUGAGGCCCUGCGACAUCCUAGUUUGUUGAUGUGAUUGUAUGAGAUUCGAUUAGGGAUACUCAAGAGAGUUGUACUAUAGGGAGCAUAUUGCUGAAGGUGGAACUGGGGAAAUGCAUUCGUAGAGGGACGUUAUGCAGUUUCGGGAUUACCCUCAGCAUCAAGGAAUAGAACAUAGUAGAGUGCCGAUUCAAGGCCAUAACAUGUUACAAUGUCCCCACCAUAAAAUACCAUCGCCUCCCAUCCAAACUCCCUUGGUAUAAUGUGAGUUUGUUAUCCUACAACUCGGCAAGCUGACACCACCACCAACCGAGGC